UAGUGAAAUGUCACCUGUAAAUAUGAAAAUUUUUAUCAGUACAUAGACUGAAAAUAUUGUAUCUUCAGUUCUUGUUCAUGGAAUAUAUAAGUAAUAUAUUGUAAUCGCAUUGGAAAUAUUCGGUAUACGAAAAUUAACAACUGUGUCGUAACAAAUUAGCAGCAGCCGAAAGUAACACAGUACCAUAUUUGCGUGACAAUAAAGGCAUUCAAGGGUAUGAUGCAAAAAUGAGUCGUUGAGGCGAAGUAAAUUUGUUUCGAUACUCGAUUGAAAUAUUGCAAAUUUACCAUUUACGCAAAGUUGCCUGCUGCUAGUGGGGAAAAAAAGUUAUCAUGUUGAACACUAAUUUGGUGGUUCCCGUGGUACUGUGGGGACCAAAUACUCCCACCCAUUGUGUCUCGAGUGUGUUCUUAUCACGAGACCAAAAAAUCCUUGCGACGGGUUGUUAUGAUGGUCAAAUUUGUUUGUGGCAAGUGAACCCUGAUACACUACAAAUGACACCUCGCUGUUUACUUGUGGGCCAUACGGCUCCUGUGCUCUGUCUGACUCGAGCGUCUAUCAUACAGGAUAACAAUUUCUUGGUCAGCUCGUCGGAGAAUGGUGAAAUGUGCACCUGGGAUCUGGUAGAUGGAAAGUGCACAGAGAGCAUUAAAAUGGCCCAGGUGCAUACCAAUAUACAGGCUUAUCACAUGGCGAACUGUGACGAUAUUCGUUUGUUCUGCAAUGGUUACUAUGCUGAGAUCAUGGUCAUGGAUCCUUUCAGUUUGGAGGUGCUGUUCUGUCUGAGCUCAAAAGUCAAUCCCGACUGGAUUUCUGCGUUGCAUGUUUUAAGACCGUCCAAGCGCAAGGAUGACGUCGUACUAGCCAUUACAACCACCGGAACGGUGAAAGUAUGGACCUUGAUUGGGAAUGAAAAUAAAUAUUCCGAACCAAUCUAUGAAAAUGAGUCGAAACAGAUUCGAUGUUUGAAUGCAAUCACCAUGAAUUGCUGCUCCCAGAACCAACGAACAGUAUUGAUCGUGUGUGCGAAGUAUUGGCAAAUUUAUGAUGCAGGAGAUUUUACUGUUUUGUGUAGUGUGAUCUCGCCUACCGGAGAACGCUGGAUGGGAGGCGACUUUCUGUCGAAUGAUCGCGUUAUACUUUGGUCAGAUGAAGGAAAAGGUUACAUGUAUCGCCUACCAGCUAACAGUAUACCUGAUAAUAAAGAUUUUCAUGGACCGUCAAUUGGAAAAGAUUCGCCAUUCUUGUAUUGUGUUCUCUCGCAAACGGGAGAGAAACCACUAUCUUGCCCACCUACCAUUAAGCUAGUCACAUCGAAUCGGGGUGGAAAGACACAAAAAUAUUUAUUACGUGGCGAUUCAGAAGGAUUUAUCAACAUUUGGGCUGUGCCCGAUAUAACCAUGGAACAGAUCAGAGUAAUUCAAAAUGAGAAACGUUUGCCCGCGACCUUGGAAUCUACAAUUUGUACUAGUUUGGAGGAUGCAUGGAACAAAAUGAAUCCUUUACCAGUUGGAAUACUGGAUCAGUUGUACCGCAAUAGUAGUGAACCGAUGAUUAAAUUGACGUCUAGUAUCUACCUUCCAUUGCAAAGUCGGCUUGUUGUUGGCCGUGAGGAUGGCAGUAUUAUCAUUGUUCCGGCCACCCAAACUGUCAUGCUUCAUCUUCUACAUGGCCAACAUCAGCAGUAUAGUGAUUGGCCUCGUCAUCAGAUUCUUAACGGACACAGUGGUCGUGUGAACUGCUUACUUUGCCCGUCUUUAGCAAACCCACGAUACGACAAAUCACAUCUAGUGUCGGGAGGGGUGGACUUCGCCGUCUGUUUAUGGGAUCUCUACAGUGGACAGCUAAUCCAUCGAUUCUGUGUCCACGCGGGAGAAAUCACCCAGCUGCUGGUUCCACCACCAACAUGCAGCCCAAGAAUUUUGAAAUGUAUUUGUUCGGUAGCCUCCGAUCAUUCGGUUACCUUACUCAGUCUUCAGGAGCGAAAGUGUGUAACUUUAGCCAGCAGACAUCUAUUUCCCGUUGUAUCCAUAAAAUGGCGCCCCUUGGACGACUUUCUCGUUGUUGGAUGUUCAGACGGAACGGUAUAUGUUUGGCAGAUGGAAACUGGACAUCUUGACAGAGUAUUACAUGGAAUUCUUGCUGAGGAAGUUAUGAACGCUUGCGACGAGCAUAUUGGGGAUAGUAGUAGUAGCAUCAGCGGAUCUACCUCGGAAAUGGGUUUGGCUAAUCCAGCUGUACAUUUCUUUAGAGGACUUCGUCACCGUAACAUUAACGCCAUUCGUCACGCAACGCAGCGUGGUAUUCACCAACUUCAACAACUUCACGCACAUAACAAUCAACACGGUGAUUUCCUGAUGAAGAACCGAAGUAGUCCUCUUAUCAUCCAAGGAAUGCGCACCAAUCCAAAAGAUGCUGAAAGUCAUAUUUUAUUUUUCGAUAUCGAAGGAUUAAUAUUCGAAUUACACGCAGAAGAGUACGCUGCGAUGAGUCCAAAUACAUUGGAGGCUGAGGGCUUAUUGAUCCCUGCGGAAGCAGAUUCCCACUCAUCCGAAGCCGGCAAGAAAAUUUCAGACUUCUUCGGUCGAGUUAAGAAUAAAGCUGGGGAUAUGGAAAAAAUUCUUAAAGAAAAGGAUAAACACGGUAUUCUCGCCAAGAUGAAGGAAGGAGCUGAAAAUGUUCAAACGAAGGUACAAGCCAAACUAGAGAGUGUUGUUAAAAACGUUGGUGAUACGGGUAAGGAUACAUGUGAUAUAAGCAAAAAGAUUUCCCCACGUAUGGAAGCUACUCAUGUUAUGGAGGUUGCUCAGUUACUUCUAUCACUCCUACAUUCAUGGGGAUUGGAUCCGCAUCUGGACAAAGUAUGCGAGACUCAACUUGGUCUACUGAAACCAAUGAUUCCAGUUUCUUUCGGUGUGUUAUCAAAGGGUGGCUAUAUGUCGCUUCUGCUUCCCACUUGGCAAAACAACAUCGACGUGAAGAUAACUCCUGAGAAAAUGAAGUCAGUCGAGUUACUGAGACAAGAACAUUUAACAAGUAUGUUCACCGCGCGGUUCCACUGGGAGCUUAGUACAACACUUACUUCGAACCAUCUGCUCGCUUUGAUAUCAAUGUCGAACACAUUGAUGUCAAUGAAUAUGGCUACAUUCAUCCCAGAACAAGAACGUAAUCGAAAAAUGCACAGGCAGUCCACACGUGCUUCAUGGACAAAUGACGAAGAGCAGGAGGAGCUUUAUACUCAACAACAAGCUCAAAUUAAACAGGGAUGGAGUCUCCUGUCUACUCACCAUUGCUUUCUACUACCUGAGAAAAUUGAUGCAUUGGACAUAAACACGUUUAAACGGCCACAAGUUGAAAUGAUGGCUCGUCGCUGGCAGCAUCACUGUUUGGAAAUUCGAGAAGCCGCUCAACAACUAUUGCUCGGAGAACUGGGUCGCAUGGGCAAAAAGGGAAGAAAACAAUUGGUAGAGAGUUGGGCUCAAUAUCUUCCUAUGUAUACGCAUACGGAACCAAUAGCUCAACAAGCGCAAACUGUCAAUCAAUCUAACACAGGUUCUCCUGUUUCGUCCCCUGGGGGACAAACAAUUGAAACACAAGAAGAAGAUUCGGAAGAGGAAGAGGAAGUUGUUCGAAAACCUUCUAGCUUGGCUGAGCUUAAGCGAAAACAAACAACGGCUGUCGUGCUACUUGGGGUGAUCGGUGCUGAAUUCGGCCAAGAUAUCUCGUCAUCAGAUGGCAAAAGGAACAACGAAAACCGUCGUAAGAGUUCUGUCGUGGAAGGUUUCGGAAUUGGCAAUAAUAAUCUCGCUCGUUCUACCUCGAUGGCGUUAACACAUUUACUACUCGCUCCGGCCACACCGAAGCUCCCACCUUACACUCCUCUGCGGAGAGCUGCUAUUGAUUUGAUUGGACGUGGUUUCACAGUUUGGGAACCAUAUAUUGAUGUCAGUAAAGUCCUGCUUGGUUUGUUGGAAAUGUGCUGCGAUUCAAACCGACUCAUUCCAAGUCUGAAUUAUAAACUACCGCUGACACCGCAGGCCGAUGCUUGUCGAACGGCACGGCAUGCGUUAAGGCUCAUCGCAACUGCUCGACCUGCUGCAUUUAUCACUACGAUGGCGCGUGAGGUAGCCCGAUACAAUACAAUGCAACAGAAUGCGCAGGCAAUCAGUGUCCCUAUCACGCAGUCCGUUCUACAUCGGGCCAAACGGGAAAUUUUACAAUGUGUCGAGAUGUUGAUAGAUAAGAUGCAAACAGAGAUUGCAAGCUUGCUCGUUGAGGUUAUGGAUAUUACCCUGCACUGCGUCGAUGGUGGCGAUCUUAAAAACAAGGGACUCGCUGAGGUCAGUCCAUCGAUGUGUAAAUUCAAUCAAGUAUCACAUUGCAGUGCUUCACGGCGUAUAGCAGUGGGUGCUAGUAAUGGCCAUCUGGCCAUCUAUGAGCUGCGUCAGAAUAAAUGCCAGAUGAUACCGGCCCACACAAAGCCGGUAACAGCGCUAGCGUUCAGUCCAGAUGGGAAGUUUUUGGUGAGUUACUCCUGCGCCGAAAACCGAUUGUCGUUCUGGCAAACGAGCACCGGAAUGUUUGGGUUGGGACAAUCCCAGACUCGUUGCAUCAAAGGCUACUCAACGGCACCGAUUCCAGAUGUCGCUAGACUAAAUCCAAUGCGGUUGGCAAAACUGAUUUGGAUUAACAACAGAACAGUGACGCUAAUGUUGGCCGAUGGCUCGGAAACGCGGUUCAAUGUGUAGGUAAAAUAAAAAAUUACAUAAUUCAAACAGCUAAAUGCAUUAGCGUUGCCAUUACAUAUGUGUGUGUGUAUUAUGAACGUUGUAUAUUGCAAUAAAAUACCAAAUUUUAUUAUUUAUCAUAUUAAGAAGUUACAGUUAUUCGAUCAGCAGAUUCAUGUUUUUCCCUCUUAAUUUGUGACUGUGAUUUGAUGUGUAAUCCAAUUAAGAAAAACGAGCGGAAGGCAGAAACCAUCAGGGUCAGUUUUUGAGCCAUUAGUUUUUUGCGUUCAUUCAUUAUUCCUUUUCACCAAUCCCAUCCCCAGAAAUAGCAAGAUGGGAAUGUAGAAGCAGGGUAAAAACUAGAAAAUCGAAGCGAAAACAUACACAGAGUUUCUUCAAUUUCUUUCUUGUGUGAUUCUCAUCCAGGCAGCUUAUAUAAUUGGAAAAAAAGAUUGUCUGUAGCUAUGUUCUUCCUCUUUACUACUUCCGCAUAUGGUAGCGCGGAUCAGAGACUAUUUCGCAAACCACAUAAAAUGGUUUAAUAAUUGGAUAGGAUGUGGACGAUUAAUGAUUGACCCACAUCUGGAUGAUCAAGGUAAACUGUUACUAUGAAUAUGAAUUGAUUAGCUAUAGGUGCGAUGACCUGAAUUAUAAAUGAAUGUUGUUAGUUGGAAACGGUUCUUGGGAACCUUAUAAAGAAUCCUGUGUUGGCUGAAAUGCUUAUUCUAUUCCAUUAUCUACACACUAAAAAAGUAGCUUCAUAAAAGCAUUACAACAAUACAAUGUAACGUGUUAUUGUUAGUUUAUUGAAUAUAUUGUUGAAUAUCAAAUAAA